AUGGCUUACUCCACAGCUUUACCAGAGAGCACCACGUUGGAAUCUGCCGCAUCUGAAACAGCGACUUCUCCCCCAGAGAGGACAGAGCCCUCCACCUCUUUUCCAGCAAGCUCCAUAAUUACUAUUAGUACUUCAGAAAUCGCUCCUCAACUUCCAACUACAAGAGAAUACUUAACUACUUCUCAAGAGACCACCACUUUUGAAUCUGCCACAUAUGAAACAGCCACUUCUCCCCCAGAAAGCACAGUGCCUUCCGCGGCGUCAGCAGGGAGCAGCAUAAGUUCUACUCUUUCAAAAAGCAUCACACAAACUCCCGAGAAUACAGUGUCCUCCAUAUCUUUGCUAGCGAGCUCCAUAAUUACUAGUAGUACUUCCGAAACCACUACUCCACUUCCAAUUACAACAGAAUACUUAACUACUUCUCCAGAGUCGACCACGUUUGAAUCUGCCACAUCUGAAACAGCCACUUCUCCCCCAGAAAGCACCAUGCCUUCCACAGCAUCAGCAGGGAGCAGCAUAACCUCUACUCUUUCAGAAACCAUCACACCAACUCCCAAGAGUACAGUGUCCUCCACACCUUUCUCGGAGAGCAUCUUCAUGACAUCAAGCUCCCCACACACCACCCCUCCUGCUUCCGAAAGCACAGGGCCUUCAACAUUUCCAACAGAGAGUUCAAAAGUUCCUUCUAUCUCCCAGCAGACCACCUCGUCUCCUCCAGAGAGCAUAGUACGUACAACAGCUUCAGAAAAGAGCAGCAUGAUGACUUCUAGUAGUAUUGAAACCAUGAGUGCUAUUCCAAAGAGCACGGCAUACUCCAGAGCUUUACCAGAGAGCACCACAUUUGAAUCUGCCACACCUGAAACAGCCACUUCUCCCUCAGAGAGCACAGAGCCGUCCACCUCUUUGCCAACGCGCUCCAUAAUUACUGCUAGUACUUCAGAAACGACCACUCAAAUCCUUAUGACUACAGUACACUUAACUCCUUUUCCAGAAACCACCACAGUUGAAUCCACAACAGCAGUGACAGCCACCUCUCCCUCAGAGAGCACAGAGCCCUCUACCUCUUUCCCUACAAGCUCCCUAAUUACUACUAGUACUUCGGAAACCACUACUCAACUCCCAAUGACCAUAGAACACUUAAUUACUUCUCCAGAGACCACCAUUUUUGAAUCCACCACACCAGAAACUGUCACUUCCCCUCCAGGGAGCAUGGUGCAUGGUACACCUUCAGAAAAGGUCAGUAUGAUGACUUCUCCUAGUAGAGAAACUGUGAGUUCUAUUCUGGAGAGCACAGCAUACUCCAUCGCUUUCCCAGAAACCACAAUGUUUAUAUCUGCCACAUCAGAAGCAGCCACUUCCACUUCAGCGAGCACAGUGCAUACUACCACUUCAGAAAAGAGCAGCAUGAUGACUUCUCCUAGUAAAGGAGCCAUUAAUCUUGUUUCAGGGAGCAGCAUGGUGUCCUCUAGCACGCCACAAUUAGCACAUUCUGCCUCAAAGAGCACCAUGAUGUCUAUGUUUCCUACAGAGAGCUCCAGGGGUACCGUUAUUCAUGAACAAACCUCCACUUCUGCUCCAGAGACUAUACUGUACUCUACAGGUUUCACAGAGAGCCCCAUGAUUGCCUUUAGCACAUCACAUACUGCCAGUUCAGCCACAAUGAACACAGCACCAUCUCCUAUAGCUCAGAGCUCAUCUUCUCCAGCGAGCACAGGACCCUCCACAUCUUCUCCAGGGAGCAGCACUAUGAAACCAGAAAAAUCCUUUGUGACUUUCCCCACCACUUCCCUUCUGAAGACAACAUUCUUGAUCCCUAUAAAAGGAGAGAGCUCUACUGGUACCACUUUGGUUUCUUCAGUCUCCCAGAAGAUGGAGUCAGUUAGUUCCUUUGAGAUGAAGACUAGCUUGGGCACCUUCUGGACUUCCACACCCCACAGAAUAUCAACUUCUACUUCAGAGACAAGGAGAGAAAAUAAGAACUAUUUUAUGUUUGAAUGGACAUUAUUAAGUAAAUAUUCAGAUCAGGAAGAUGAAUUUCAGCUUCUAGAGGACAUUUACUCUGGUCUGAGGGUCAAGUUCAGUAGUGGCAGCAGCAGGAGAAAGUGA